CUUGAGAAGCUAAAAUGUGCCCUACAUUGGAUGCUCUUGUUGAAGGGGCUCGUUCAGACUAGGGUCAAUGGCAGUCUAGAUCCGAUGCGUACAAUUACGUACGUACACAUGGCAAAUAGGAAUGCAAGACCCGACAAGACUCAGCAGUACGAGGUCGGAGACUGACAGGCCCCCCAUCAAGGGUCCCUUGCAUCCUGCAUAACCAGACUAUCGAUCAUAUUGUUCCUCAAAAACCACCCCAUCUAUUGUUCUACGAGAUGCGAAUGCCGUAAACGCUGCCAAUUCGCCAUGUUUCUCGUUCACUCAGCUAAGCCUGCAUUUCAGGGAGCUCAACAAUACGGACGACUGAACGCCUAACUUUACAUCAAAGAUAUAAAUACGUCGUUUCGAGUCGAGUGAGGCCAGCAACUUCAAAGCUGAUAUCAGACUCCUCAACUCUGAUAAUCUUGACCAGCCCCUUUGCACUCUGCCAAAACAACUCACCUUCACCAUGCAAUUCCUAUUCCUCCUCACUACGGCUUUAAGCCUUGGUGCCGGAAGCCUGGCUUCUCCUGCUCCCGCUCCUCAGAGCCUCGACCCAAGGGCUUAUUAUUGGCAUGGAUGCGCUGCAGGUAUCGAGUGUCACUCGGACGCGGACUGCCGCUCGAGUUCGGAUUGCAUACAGACUGCACAGAGUAACACCAACAAUAUCCAUUGUGGCCAAGAAAAUUAUCCCUUUGCUUGCUGGGCGGAGGGGAAUAAGUAGGCGUCAAGAUGUGUGGCUCCAGCUUGGUAUCCUGUUUCUAUCAACUACGAGCUGGAUGGUAGUUGUAGUGGGGAACUGCUAUGCGAUGAAGUUCCGGAGGCUAUGAUG